UGAACUCACGUUGGGGUGCAGACGAUAUCUGAAAGUAGGGAUAUGGAUGCGGCAUAGCUAGAAAAUAAUAAAUAUUGCGCAUUUUCCUUCUCGAUGUACUUUCGAGAUAGAUAACUGCCCUCUUUGCCAGAUAUCGGGCAAGAAACAUCUCGCAUUGUACUAUCUUGCAGUAGGAUGCAAUUGUCUGUGUAUAAGAGCGAUAAAUCUACAAGAAAGUCUUGAGAAUCUUUCUCGCUCUCGAAGUAAUCAGACGUGUCUCCGGUCCACGACUAGUCGCUUGCUCGGGAGCAAAACUCGGUCACCAGUUCAACUCGUCGGAUAUCCAUCGAUAUCAAAAAGCCUCGCAUCCAGUGCAUGCAACGCACCUGUCGAACAUUAAAAUCUUUAUUUCAGCAGGGAAAGUCAAACAGGGGCAGGGUCUAGUUUAUCAACAUUUCAGUUUCGGAAGAUUUUCGAUGGAAUGGUGACUGAUUUACGUCGUCUGCUAUUUUGUAUACAUUGAUGAAGACUGAAUCAUCGUACUUGGAUGGAACUGCCAAGUGUCGUCUGCUACAUAUAAUAACUGCCAGGACUUUAAAGGCAAACACUACCAACAGUCGGUGAUCCUUGUUUAAUUCUGUUGUGACUGGCGUUUUUGAAGUUUAAAAGUGGUGAGUGGUUGAAUGAUGAUGACGUCGAUAUCAAGCAGUGGGUAUGCAGUCUUAUGCCGGGUGUGUGGAGACAAAGCCUCCGGGUUCCACUAUGGUGUGCAUGCCUGCGAAGGCUGCAAGGGUUUCUUUCGAAGAAGCAUCCAACACAAUGUGAAAUAUCGGGUGUGUAGUAAGGGAGACGAGUGCCUGAUCAUGAGAAUUAAUAGGAACAGAUGUCAGUACUGUCGUCUCAAAAAGUGCCUUGCAGUCGGGAUGUCCAAAGAUGCUGUCCGACUUGGUAGAUGCCCCAAGAAGUGCAAGCCCCAGGGUUUGUUGAUGCCCUCCCCACCCCGCUCUCCUGCAGGGGACGGGGACACCAGUGCCCUGGAGGACUCACAGAUGAAGACUGAGCAGCUAAUACUCAGCAUCCAUGAGGCACAGAAGAAGACCUUAUGGGAUUGGGGCAUCCUACAGUGUAGGAGUUACAACCUCUUAUCGCAGGUUUCAGAUAACAAUAACAAUAAUGGAGACAGCAUAAUGGCGACCCGUUCAAAGAUCAUCAACAACCUCAUCACCAACAACUUCACAGCGUCCAUCACCCGCAUCAUCAGCUUUGCCAAACUGGUUCCGGGUUUCCUAACGUUAGACAAGUCGGACCAGAUCACGCUACUCAAACAGGGCUCGCUGGAAAUCCUCCUUGUGCGGCUGGCUCACUAUCUAAACACCAAAGAAGAGGGCGCCAAACUCAUCGAGAGCUGCCAGUCGGCUUGCCAGAUGCUGGAGGAGUGCGGCCUGAUAUCGAUCAAGGAAAUCAUGCUGGAUGUGGUUGACUUUGCGGAGAAAUUCAAGGCAUUGGGGAUCGUGACAAGCGAGGUCGGACUCUUCACUGCAAUUAUCCUCCUCAGUGCAGAUCGUCCUGGGCUGAAGUACCCUCAUCAGAUAGAACCGCUGCAGCUUCAGGUCAUACAGGCCCUGCAGUCCCAGGUCAUGCACAACCAUCCCAACGACCGUUCCGUUUUCCCUCGUCUCGUCACCAGACUAUCUGACGUCAGACAAUUCAGCGUCAUCAACUCUGACAAGAUGCUCAAUAUUUUUGAUGGGGGAAAAUGAGGCACUACUCCUAAGAACAAUCAUGUAUGAAAGACAGUUGAAAGGAACUUUGUAUUAAGAGAUAGAAAACUGACUGCUCUUUGCUCUGUGCGGACUAUAGAGGGCAGCGUUUAUUGUGGCCAUGUCAAUCAUAAGGACCAUCGAGAGAAUGAAGAGAUAGUGUUUAUAGUGACAUAGUUACAGACAACCGUCUGGACAACUUGUGUGUCUCGUCCGAUGAUAGGAGGGUUUUCUCAACGUAUCACUACUUUGUCCCCAAUGACUGCAAAGACUCAUCAUUUUGAUAAGGGCAAUUUCUUUCCAAGCUGCGCUAUGAAUAGAUAUCAAUGAGCAACUGGGGAAUGUUUCACAAAGAGUUAAGUGUGUCUUACCGCCCUCUCACACGGUAAAAAAAAAUCGUAAUUUGAAUGAUGAAUCCAGUGAAAAAUAAGGCUAAUGACAAAUUUUUAGCAUGUGUGAAACCAAACUAGAAUCACAAACGCUAAUCACAAUCAUGAAUUCAAAUUCUACUCCAGAAGGUGAAUUCCAGAUAAGUUUUACUCGAAUCAUGGUACAAAUUUUCUGUAUGAAAGGUCCGAUGAUUCUAAAGACAAUUACAAUGAUGAUUCAAGAUUCACGUGUGGAAAGACCCUUAGAGUCAUGCAUAGAUACCAAUGCACACAUGAUAUUCAACAUACAAUCUGAUUGGUAGAUGUGUGGUAGUGUGUGUCCCCUCUGAUUGAUCUAAAUAAUAUCAUUGAUGUGUUUUGAACCACAGACAAUCUAAGUACGAUUUUUAGUCCGACACAAUUUUUUUUUAAACACCCCCCUGGUUGAUAGUGUAUAAAUACUGUUGUUUUCCAUUCUGGAAUAAUGAAAAAUAUUAUAUGUUGCACUUCUUGUCACCAAUAUUUGUAUGGAAAUGCCUUUAGAAUUUCAAUUCAUUUUUUUUUUAUGAAUGCCAAGUAAAUUUACCAUUUUGGAAGUUGGAUAAUCAUGGGGUUAUGGUUGUAUUUGGCCUUGAAAACAAUUUUUGUGCUUUUCUUGCUUUUCUAUUGGCUAUUAAAGAGCUAAUGGAUGUUGUGUUGUAGGAGUUUUUCACACCCUCUAUGUUAAUAUUUCUGUAUUCUGGCUGUUGCGGUAUUGUUUUUCAUGUGUGUGGCUUUCUGUUGCUGCAUAAUAGUAAGAUAUAUAUUAUGAAGACCAAAGAAAAUCACCCUCUCCCUUGCUGAUAUAGCAUGUGAUCAAUUAAGAGGACUAAAAUUAUGCUUUUGAUGUAAUUCUAGUUCUGGAGUGCUGACCACUGAUGGUCAGGGAUUUUUUUUACUAAUGUAAAGUUGAGUAUGUGGUUAGAAAAUCAUCAAUAUGUUAUUUUGUUAGUACAAUAUCACAAUAUCACUGUCAUUGUUUGCGCUGUUGAUCAAAGCAUCUCUGACUAUAUUUUGGACACCCUUUUCAAUUUUGAACCCUUGUACAUCUGGAUAAAAGCACCUUGUGUGAAUGGGGCCAGUUGUAAACUUGUGAAGUAGUAUUUUUAUCCAUCAAUCUAUCUAAAUGUCUUUCUAUCUAUCUGUCUAUCCAUUUAUCUUAUUGUCUUUACUUUUGCCAGUUUUCUAGCUUUCUGUCUUCAUUUUUGUCUUUUAAUGUAUCACCUACUAUCUGUCCAUCAAUCUUUCUUUCAUCACAUUCUUCUUCCAAUGUGUCAUCUAGAGAUCAUAUUGUCUAUCUCUUUACUGCAUGUUUUUAAGCUUGACGCCACUAAGUCUUCAAAUUCAAAUUCUACUCAUCUCAAAUUUUAAAUUUCCUCUUUUUAUUCAAACUAUUUUAUACUUUCUUGUUAAUUUGUGAAAUCUGAGCCUGUGUUCUCCUCCAAACAAUCACUUUGACACUGUUUCCUUGACUAUUUAACAAUUAUUUGACGCUGUUUCCUCAACUAUUUAACAAUUAUUUGACGCUGUUUCCUUAAACUAUUUAACAAUUAUCUCACCCAACAUUCCAUCGAAAGACAAGUAGAUAGAUACACACAUCCACACAGUAUUCACUGAACUUGUUAAAUAAAUAUCUUAGAUCAUUUGCCUCUCCUGGAAAUAAUGGCUAAAAUCAGUUUCCUUUUUUUUCUGGGACACUGUACACCAUGACCCAUAUAGUAUACUGCAUUCUCUAUACCCACUUGGUUAAUUAAUGACGACGUUUUCCAAAUAAUUGUCCAAGAAAACAAAUGUCUGUAAAAAAACGCAAUGGGUGUUAUUACUAAUGACUUACACAAUUUUUGUUACUUUUUAUAGGACAAUUAGAGGAUUUCAAAAUGGAGAAAGAUUGUGUUAGUAUGACUUCAUCCACUCUACGCACUGUUGUUGGGUUUUUUUUACCCUCCACUUACCAAUUGUCAUGGUUUAGAAAACUCUCUAAGACGUCAAGUGUGUGCAAUAGAAGUAUUUGAUAAUGAUUAUGGUCAUUUUAACUUAUUCACUAUUUUCUUUAGGAAGUAUUACCAUGUUUUGCCCUGCUGCUUCUAUUUAAGUACUACUAAGAAUUACAUGAUCAAACAGGGUGCAAUAUGUAUCCAAAAAGGUAAAAGAAAAUGACAUGAACAAUAUUUUAUUUAAAGAGGGACAAUAAAUAAUACAGGAGAUGAACUUUUAUAAAGUGGAAUGUAUUUGAAAAAUUGUAGUGAUAUGUAAUUUGUGAUGACUGCAUCAUGUUUGGUGACUUUGUGCAUAAGUUUUUCAAAAAUGCUUUAUAGACUUUAAAUAUACAUACAUUGUUACUGUAAUGUCGAAAGAUAUAAUAAUUCUUGUGCACGUUACCUGCGUGAUCAUAUUAUGAAAUAGUGUAAAUUGUAUGUUUUCAAAAUUGUACAGCAGAUUAUAUAAUAUUAUUAAAAUGGCACAUAAACAAUU